AUGACAAGUCUGGGCCUGAAACGUCCACUCGAGUCACCCUUGGCGUCUGAGAUAAACUGCCGGAAAGAACAUCUGAAACAUACCGCGUGUUCACCAGAUCGGGAUUUGACCCUGCAUGACUGUCUGAGGAGGAACGAACCCCAUGCCUUUGAACGACGACCACGACGAAAGACUCGAGAGGACCGGUAUGAAUAUAAGCCCGUUGCGUCCACGACCUGCCAGCCAAGAACUACGAAGAACAAAAGCAGGCACAGAGUACGGCGGAGCCGAAAGCACACUAUGAAUGAUGAUUUCCAAGCACCCAAUGUACCUCGGGGGAGGCUUACCCUGCAGACUAAUCAAAGACUUGGCAUCUUCGGCAGAGCCAAGGCUUCAUCCCCAAUGAGGUUCAACGAAACAAUGGAUAUGGCGCGAUUCAAACCUAAGUUAGAGCAAACACUUUGUGGAGACUCUGUAUCGCGUCUCGAAAGGCAACCAAAAAGCAAUUUGAAUAACCUUGGACGGAAGGACUUACCCCAUCAUCUCUAUUUUGGAUCUCCCACGUGGCCAGGUUCCAAAUCCCGGCGGCUUGGCUUUCCAAUCGUCGAGGCCUUCGAAGAAACAACCAAAUCUGGUCAGCCUACGACACCUGAGAUGGUUGGUCAACUACUGUCAUGCCAUUCAGCCACUCCGUUCACAUGGUCCGAAACGGCGUCCAAAGCACCUGACGAUGAAAAGGAAAUUGAGGGUUAUCUCAUGGAAAUCCUGCAUGCAGGAGUUUUACCUGUAACGACAGGCGAGAGACCCGUUUUUACGAGCGCGAAUAAGAAGUAUUGCAAUCUGGACGAUUUGAAGCUUCUGCUACAGAGCCGAAUGGCAUUGUGGAAUGAGAGUCAUGACGCUGGCUCUAUCAUCAGUAUCAGCACUGCAUUGGAUAUACCAAGUGAACACGAAAUGCCGAGCAAUACUUCAUCUUACCACGAUCGAGCGGUCACAGGUGUCAUGAGACCAUCCAACAUUAAUCCAAACGAUUCUAUAAAGGGCAUGCGUCCAGAACUUUCUUGUUCAAGUCCCUCACGAAACUUCACUAGUGACCCUACAGGUCUCACAAAUACCAAAUUAAAUACGCAUGACGGUCCCACGCAAUCCUCCCAAUCGGUGGAACACAAUCAAAGUAUAAGGAUUGGUGAAGUUGACGUUGGAGCAGAUACCGAUGUGACCUUCUUUCGGUCUCUGGAUGCUGCUUUCUGGGCGAUUAUGGGACCCCAAGGCGACAAUGAGAUCAGUCACAUGAAGUCACCAUGUUUGAUGCCACAGCCUGACGUUCGAAACCCUAAAGAAGAGAGUCUCCUCAAGACCGUGAACUCGUCAUUCUUUGGGUCCAUUGAUACUCUUUCGCACCCCGCUGUUGAAAUUGAAACAGCUCAGCGCCCCAUCGAUUCCAAAGUCCCACUGGCGGCUCAUCAUGAACCUGCAGAAUUCAUAGCGCCCAACGGAGAGGAAAGGCUGGAUCUAUCCUCAUCUUCGGUCUUUUUAGUCACUAAGAAACAAUCGGAUUUUACCGCUCCAACCGCACCUCCCACAACCCAUCUGUACCCCCCGGGAUUUUGGCGAAGAAACAUCUUGUAUUAG